AGAACACACCACGCCGCCGCCGCCACCUUCACCUUGUCCGAACACACGUUUUCUCUUCCUCUCUCUCGUAUUCAAUUCGCAGUCACCGAAAUCUUGUUCUCCGGCGCCUUCCCCCCGCCGCCGCCGCCGCCGGACGGCCAUGGAAGACCCCAACGAUCCGGCGCCGCCGGGCGUCCUCAGCGUCCUCGAGGCCCUCAGGAAGGCCUCCCACGACCUCCACUUCGACCCCAAGUCCGCCGCCGCCCCGGCCGGCUCGCCCGACUCCGCCUCCCCCGCCGCCGCCGUCAAGGCCCUCCUCGAGCUGGAGACGGAGUCCGACAGCCUCCUCUCCAGGGACCCCAACCUCUCCGCCCUGUCCCGCCACCUCUCCGCCCUCAGGUCCCUCGUCUCCACCCUCCAGGAGUGCCGCGGCCGCUACGGCCUCGGCUCGUUCCUGGCCCGCCGGGUCUCCGCCCACUCCAUCUCCCGCGUCGCCGAGUCGAUCGAGUCCGAAAUCCAGGCCUGGAUUGACCGCGAGACCGUCGAGAAGCUGGUGGCGGGCCUCCGGGAGAAGGGGUGCGGGGACGAGGAGGAGCUGGUGAAGCUGCUGAGUCAGCUCGAGGCCCGAGUGUUGCGAGGGUUCGAGAGGGACUUGCAGGACUUGUUGCUGAAGUCGAAGCUCUUUGGGUCGCUGGAGACAACUCUGUGUAAUCAGAAUUGCUCGAAAAGGGUCAGAGAGCACGUCGGUUUCACGAUCGCGGCUCUGAUCCGGUUCAACAAGGACGUUUUCGUGGGCCAAGUGCUCAUGGGGGCGACCAUCCGCGCAUUGAUCACCAUGGCCUCUGCGCACUCCCUGAAGGUGCUCUGUUCACUCAUCAGAUCGAUCAAGUCCCCGCUCGUCGACGAGAUCCAAUCGAAUGGCCAAAUACCGAAAAUCAUAAAUUUCCUCAACCAUGAGGACCUGCAGGUCAAGGUGGUGGCCAUGGACUGCAUUCUCGAGAUUGGGUACUUUGGGCGGAAGGAGGCGAUCGAGGCCAUGAUCGAAGAAGGAAUAGUUAAGAAGCUUGUGGAGUUGCAGAGAUUGGAGUUGGGCGGCGAUUUGAUCGAUUUGGGAAGGUUCGAGCAGAGCGAGGUUGAGACCGACAGCAUGACCAAUGCAGGCAAGAGCAAGAGCAAGAGCAGGAGGUUCUUGGAGAGCCACCCGUUUGCGAGCUGCGUGGCGAGGUUUGCGAUUCAGCUCGAGGUCGGAGAAGGGCUGAGGCAGAGAGAGAAGAGGGAAUUCAAGCAGGAGAUACUGGUGAGAGUCAGGGAGGUGUCGGCGAACGAUGCUGAGGCUGCCACCAUUGUUGCUGAGGUCUUGUGGGGCUCCUCACCUUGAGGGAAAAAAACAUGAGGAGUUGGUCAGAAACACAACACAGGACGAGGUGUACGUGAUUCCAGGCUUAGUGGGGGUUAUUGCUGUUGUCUAGUUUUUUCCUGGCCGGGUAUUCGAUCCCGGGUUCUUCGCCGCCGCCGCCACAACCCCCACAUCUCCGAGCCGCAUGGCUGCAGCGGCGGCGGCAAUGUUGUAAUUAAUGUAUGUGGGUUGAGGUGAUGUAUAGGGCAAAGGAAAUAGUUCAGUGGAUUCAAUCUUUUAGUUGAAAAUUCAAUAAUGGGGAAAGCCAAGAUUGAUUUUUUAAUUCAGAAGCAGUGAAAUCUACUGUUUCAGCAUCUGAUGUAUAAAUGAAAUGCCAUAAAUUUGCGAUC